ACGCCCGCCAUCCGUUCGACGGAAUGCCUCCGAGGAGGAAGGCCGGAAAGGGCAGGAGGGCGGCGCCUCUGGGGGGCGGCCGCGUCAGCAUCGACGUGCUCCCAGACGAAGUCCUUCACCACGUGUUGUCUUUCCUGCCAGCGCAGGAGGCCGUGCGAACGUGCGUGUUGGCCCUGCGUUGGCGCCACCUCUGGAGGUAUGCCACGGGCCUCCGUAUCUCGUGCAACGCUGAGAAUGAGGCGGUAUCAGCGAAGAAGCUCCGGAAUUUUGUGGACCAUCUGUUCCUCCUCCGUGGAGGCUCGCCUCUCGACACGUGCCAGUUUACCUUGCUUCAUAUAAACGAUGACAAUGAUGACAUGUGCAAAAUACACCUCUGGAUCCGGCAUGUUCUGUUGUGUAGAGUUCGGGUGCUCAGCCUCGAUAUCAGAUUUAAUAUGGACUGUUGGAGAACACGGUUUUAUAUGGAUGACCUGCCUCUCGUCUCCCAACACCUGAAGAGGUUAGAGCUUUCUGCUCUACAUCUCAAUCAGAGCUUCGUUGACUUCUCUAGCUGCCCGGCGUUGGAAGUCAUUCAGAUAAAAGAAUGUGACAUACUUGACCUCGAUAGGAUAUCGUCGCGAUCCCUGAAGUCUCUAAGUAUCACUGGCUACUGUGGUUUCAAUGAGGAUCAUCGCAUUCAUGUUUAUGCCCCAAAUCUUGUUUCAUUGUGGCUUGAGGUCUUUUAUGGCAGGGUUCCUUUUCUUGACAGAAUGCCAUCCCUAGUGGAGGCAGUUGUCAGAAUUGAUGGUAUGGAUGGUGACUUCUGUCAUCAUGCUGACUCUGGGGACUGUGAGGAUAAGGACUGUCCUGGUUGUUAUGGGGUAGAUGGUGAUACUGGCUGCGUGCUUCUCCAGAGUUUAUCAGAGGCUCAGAGUUUGGUGCUAAUCUCUGACACUAAAAUGGUAUGCUAUGCUUGA